AUGUACUAUGCUAAGAGUGACACCCCAGCCCAGGCCCGGACCACCACCCUGAACGAGGAGCUGGGGCAAAUCAAGUACAUCUUCAGUGACAAGACGGGAACGCUCACUCAGAACAUCAUGACCUUCAACAAAUGCUCCAUCAACGGCAGAAACUACGGAGAACUUUUUGACUUUUCUGGGCAAAGAGUUGAAAUCACAGAGAAAACCCCGAGAGUGGAUUUCUCGUGGAACAAGUUGGCUGAUCCAAAGUUCAUCUUCCACGACCACAGUUUGGUGGAGACUGUGAUGGAGGGAAACCCAGAGGCCCAGGCUUUUUUCAGGCUGCUGGCCGUGUGCCACACCGUCAUGCCCGAGGAGAAGAACUCAGGGGAGCUGUACUACCAGGCCCAGUCACCAGAUGAGGGCGCUCUUGUGACAGCAGCCAGAAACUUUGGCUUUGUGUUUCUGUCCCGGACUCCAGACAGCAUCACUGUGGUGGAGAUGGGACACCACGUGACCUAUGAGCUCAUCGCUGUUCUGGACUUCAACAACGUCCGCAAAAGGAUGUCUGUCAUAGUUCGUAACCCAGAAGGAAAGACGACUCUGUUCUGCAAAGGCGCUGACACCAUCAUCUAUGAAAGGCUCCAUCCUUCGUGUAAAAAACUAAUGGAAGUGACGACACAGCAUCUAAACGAGUAUGCGGGAGACGGGCUGCGGACCCUGGUUCUGGCCUACAAGGAUCUGGAUGAAGAUUUCAUGGAGGACUGGAAACACAGACACCAUGAAGCCAGCGUUUCUAUGGAGGACAGGGAGGAGUUACUCGACCAACUUUAUGAGGAGAUCGAGAAGGAUCUACUGCUGCUGGGCUCUUCUGCGGUGGAGGACAAGCUGCAGGAUGGGGUCCCUCAAACGAUCGAGCAGCUGGCGAAGGCCGACAUCAAGAUCUGGGUUUUGACUGGAGAUAAGCAGGAGACGGCUGAGAACAUCGGUUACUCCUGCAACAUGCUGAGAGAGGAGAUGAGGGACAUCUUCAUCGUAUCAGCGAACACACCGGAGGGAGUCAGACAACAGCUGGAAAACGCAAGGAGAAAAAUGUGCCCUGAUGCCCCGGAUGAGCCGGUGAUGCAUAAACAUCGUGCUGGACUCCUCUGGCUGAAGACGUCACAGAACGUCCCCGAUGAAAAGGUGGAUGGAGAGUUUGGCCUCAUCAUAAACGGUCACAGUUUGGCCUUUGCGUUGGAGAAGGACCUUCGCCUGGAGCUGCUGCGCACGGCCUGCAUGUGUCAGACCGUGAUCUGCUGCAGAGUCACUCCUCUGCAAAAGGCUCAAGUCGUGCAACUCGUCAAGAAGUACAAGCAGGCGGUGACGCUGGCCAUCGGAGACGGGGCCAACGACGUCAGCAUGAUAAAGGCCGCUCACAUCGGCGUGGGCAUCAGCGGGCAGGAGGGCAUGCAGGCCGUUCUCUCUAGCGACUUCUCUUUCGCUCAGUUCCGAUACCUUCAGCGCCUCCUGCUGGUGCACGGCCGCUGGUCCUAUCUGCGCAUGUGCAAGUUUCUUCAGUAUUUCUUCUACAAAAACUUCACCUUCACCUUUGUGCACUUCUGGUACGCCUUCUUCUGCGGCUUCUCUGCUCAGACCGUGUAUGACGAGUGGUUUAUCACUUGUUACAACUUGGUGUACACUGCCCUGCCUAUCCUCGGCCUGAGCCUUUUUGACCAAGACGUGAAUGACCGCUGGAGUUUCCAAUACCCUCAGCUCUAUGUCCCGGGACAACUCAACCAAUACUUCAGUAAAAAGAUCUUUGUGCACUGCAUGAUGCACAGCUGCUACAGUUCGCUGGUUCUCUUCUUUGUUCCGUGGGCGGCCAUGGUGGACACGGUUCGAGACGACGGGAAAGACAUCUCUGACUAUCAGUCCUUUGCUCUGCUGGCUCAGACUUGCCUCCAGGUGGUGGUCAGCCUUCAGCUGUGUCUGGAUACUCACUACUGGACGGCCGCGAAUCAGUUCUUUGUUUGGGGAAGUCUGGCGGCGUACUUUGCCAUUAGCUUCACUAUGUACAGCAACGGGAUGUUCCUCAUUUUCACCUCAGCUUUCCCUUUUAUAGGAACUGCCCGAAACUCCUUGAACCAGCCCAACGUGUGGCUGACGGUGCUGCUGACCGCUCUGCUCUGCAUCCUGCCUGUGGUGGCUGUGCGCUUCACUUUACUGCAGCUGUGGCCGACCAUCAACGAUAAGGUGAGGUACAAAGUGAGAAAAGAAGCUCUCCCGGCCCCUGCUCCUCGCCGGCCUCCUCCACGCCGUAUCAGCACUCGUCGCUCUGGAUACGCUUUCUCCCACAGUCAGGGCUACGGGGAGCUGGUCACCUCCAAGUGGGUGCUUCUCAAGCGAAAGAGCCGACCUGCGCUUUUUGCCAAAUCCGACUCUGCCCUGGCACAGAACCAGCCACAGCUGUACCGCACCAUCACCGAGGAGAACGAGGGGUCACAGAGUGUGUAG